AUGCGCUCAUCUGCUCUCUUCCUCUCUCUGGCAGCUCUGGCUGAGGUAGGCAAGGCUCGUCCACCGGUCUACACCCUCGAGGACGACUACGAGCCAGCCAACUUUUUCGAUUACUUCACCUUCUUCAACACCUCAGAUCCCACUCAUGGCUUCGUGCAAUAUGUCAACCAGUCCGCCGCUAAGGCCACGGGACUCAUAGCCAAUGACAAGUCCACCGUCUACAUCGGGGCCGAUCAUAGCAACAUCACGCCUAACGGCCGUCCAAGUGUCCGUAUCACAAGCAAGAAGGCCUACAACCGUUUCCUGCUUGUCCUCGAUCUGGAACACAUGCCAUUCGGCUGUGGGACGUGGCCUGCAUUUUGGACAGUGGGGCCAAAUUGGCCAAACAACGGUGAAAUCGAUAUCAUCGAAGGCGUGCAUACCAACCCCACUGACGCCAUGACCCUGCACACCAGCGACUCCUGCGGCAUCACUAACGACGGCGCCUUCUCAGGAACCAUCUUAACCCCAAACUGCUACGUUGCGGCUCCUGGCCAGGGGAAUAACGCCGGCUGCGGCAUCGCCACCACCAACAACGAAACCUAUGGUGCCGGCUUAAACGCCAUCGGCGGCGGCGUUUAUGCGACUGAAUGGAACAGCACCGACAUUACAAUCUGGUUCUUCCCUCGUGGCAACAUUCCCAAAGAUCUUACCCACGGCCAGCACCCGGACCCUGCGACAUGGGGCGAACCACUCUCGCAGUUUCAAGGCGCCUGCGAUAUCGAAGCGCACUUCGCGGACCAGCAGAUCGUGUUUGACGACACAUUCUGCGGAGACUGGGCGGGCAAUGUAUGGUAUCCCUCUCUGUAUCCUUCAUGCACGGCGCAGGCAGCUACGUGCACGGACUUCGUGGCCAACAAUCCGGAUGCGUUUGCCGAUGCGUAUUGGAGCAUCAACAGUCUGAAGGUGUAUCAGCAGACGAGCGAUUGGCAUACUCCGGGACAUGCGCCGUGGGGAGUGGACCCGUACCUUCCUAAGAGCAUCAGCAGUUUGUGCCCGAUUCCGACAGCAUCUAUGGGCUAA